AUGCGUGGACCGGAUCUUGCAAAAAGCAUCAAGCACCAUUUUGAUGGUCAGGCGCCAUGGAUGGAGCAUGUGGUUGACCAUCCGUAUAUCGAUACGAGGGAUCCAUUUUACGAGAAGAUGAACUUUGAGCAGGCGCUCGAGCGGGCGAAUAUUCCGAUUCUACUCGUAGGCGGGUGGUACGAUGUUUUUGCGCCGCAGACUUUGCGCCAGUACGCGCGACUGAAUGAGCGCGGUACGGAUGUUGCGCUAAUGACGGGCCCUUGGAACCAUACUCAAGUCGGUAUGCAGGCCGAAGUACACAAGCAGUCACACAACUGGACCGAACAGCAUCUCGCAAAGCGGAGUGUUCAAGCGCAAGAGAGUCUGGUCCAAUACUUCGUUACUGGAGCGAAGGAGUGGCGGCACGAAGCGGCUUGGCCACCACUGACAGUCGUACUGGAGUGGUAUCUUGGAUCUGGUCAGCGUUUGACAACUCCAAAAGCGACUGAGGAAGGAUUGUCAUCAUUUGUCUUUGAUCCGAAAGACCCCACGCCGACCGUAGGAGGUAAUCUCCUGCUUCUAGGUGGAGGAAGUGCCGACGAUACUGCGCUAGCAGCCCGCUCAGACGUUCUUACCUUCACGACCGAACCUCUCGAAAAUGAUGUUGAGGUUGCAGGCAAGAUCAUCGUGCAGUUGAACCACGCAAGCGACAAUCUAGAUGUAGAUCUGCUUGUUCGUGUCAGCGAAGUUGAUGCGAAAGGACGAUCACAUAACAUAACGGAAACUUACAGACGACUAAGCGCGAAAAGUGAAGCUCGAACGCUGAUUCUGCGUCUCAAAGAUUGUGCGCAUAGGUUUACAAAGGGUUGUCAGAUCCGGUUAUUGAUUGCUGGGGCAUCGUUUCCGCAAUAUGCAGUCAAUGCCGCGCGUGGAGUUGGUAAGACUUUGGUGCAAUGGAAGAAUGCCACACAUACUAUACACUACGGAGGAAAUAGCGCUUCGAAGAUACUGCUUCCCGUAGUAGCAUAG